CUGAUUGGCUGCACCGGGAGACUCCGAGGGCUUUGCAACAGGAGCACCGGGCACUCGAGUCCUGCAGCCUCGGGAGUAGGUGCCGCGCGCCCCGGAGCCCAGGCAGCACUCAGGCCGCGCGCGCUACCCUCCCCGCGGCAGGCCGAGGGCCGCCACCCGCCGAGGACUGGGCAGGAGCGCGCGGCCACCGACCCAGGCCAGGGUGGGUACGACCCCUUUUGUCCCCGGAGACUCCUGGAAGUUUGCGGCGGGACGCGCGCGGGGAGGCGGCCGAAGCAGCCCCGACGUCGCGGGAGCGAGUGCGUUGAGCCAGCAUGGGCAGCGGGCGCGGCGCGGGGGGCGGGCGCGGGGCCGCCGGGGGCGUGCUGCUGGCGCUGGCCGCCGGGUUGCUGGCCGCGGGUUCGGCCAGCGAGUACGACUACGUGAGCUUCCAGUCGGACAUCGGCUCGUACCAGAGCGGGCGCUUCUACACCAAGCCGCCGCAGUGCGUGGACAUCCCGGCGGACCUGCGGCUGUGCCACAACGUGGGCUACAAGAAGAUGGUGCUGCCCAACCUGCUGGAGCACGAGACCAUGGCCGAGGUGAAGCAGCAGGCUAGCAGCUGGGUGCCUCUGCUCAACAAGAACUGCCACAUCGGCACCCAGGUCUUCCUCUGCUCGCUCUUCGCGCCGGUCUGCCUGGACCGGCCCAUCUACCCGUGCCGCUGGCUCUGCGAGGCCGUCCGCGACUCGUGCGAGCCGGUCAUGCAGUUCUUCGGCUUCUACUGGCCCGAGAUGCUCAAGUGUGACAAGUUCCCCGAGGGGGACGUCUGCAUCGCCAUGACCCCGCCCAAUGCUACCGAAGCCUCCAAGCCCCAAGGCACAACUGUGUGUCCUCCAUGUGACAACGAAUUGAAAUCUGAAGCCAUAAUUGAACAUCUCUGUGCGAGCGAAUUUGCACUCAGGAUGAAAAUAAAAGAAGUGAAAAAAGAAAAUGGUGACAAAAAGAUUGUCCCCAAGAAGAAGAAGCCCCUGAAGUUGGGGCCCAUCAAGAAGAAGGAACUGAAGAAGCUUGUCCUGUACCUGAAAAACGGGGCUGACUGUCCCUGCCACCAGCUGGACAACCUCAGCCACCAUUUUCUCAUCAUGGGCCGGAAAGUGAAGAGCCAAUACUUGCUGACGGCCAUCCACAAGUGGGACAAGAAAAACAAGGAAUUCAAAAACUUCAUGAAGAGAAUGAAAAAUCACGAAUGUCCCACUUUCCAGUCGGUGUUUAAGUGAAUCUCACCGGGUGGGUUGGGGAGGGAGCAUGGGUUGGGGUGAGGGGUGGGGGCUGAGCAGACAACCCUGGAACUCACUGCUCCUUCUGUGGGUAGAAGACAUUGUAAUCCAGUUGGCUUUCCUCUUGCAGCAUCCCCACUCUUCCCCUCCCUAGCCACGCUCCAGACCCCAGUAUAGCCAAUAUUUAAAGCCACACACCUGGUAAGGAAAACCAUUUAGAUUAGGAAGCCUUCUAAGAUCUGCAAUGUGGAACAGCAUGUCACUAAAUAAAAGGAGGUGAAAAACCAUUUCAACCAGUGACACAGUCACCCAGAGACACAAUCACUACAAAAGAUGAUUUUGCCAGUAAUAAAAGGGGGUUAGGCAAAAACUAAGAGACAGCAGCAGAAACUAAGUUCUGCAAUUUUCUUUGUGUCAUUACAAAUUGCUUGUGGCCCUAUCUGUGCCUUUGGAACUAGAAAAUUGUAACUGUUGGUAAGACACAUUGCUUUCAGUUCCAGAGUAAUUGCUCUUUCUGUCUGCUUUAGACAGAAACGGACACACACCAUAGUUAAAACUUAAGAUCAGUUCCAGAAAGUCAUAGGUGCAGGGAGGAAAGCACAAGAACAGUAUGUAGUAGUGAAAACAAAGGGAGGUCAUGCCUGCUCGGCCUUCCCAUGUGAUUGUCUUUUGCUAUGAAUCAGCCAGUCUCAGAUGCCAUGUGAGUGGCAUUGACAUCAGCCCCAGUGCAUGAUCUAACCUCCAGACAAUGUGGAGGGUGGCACGUGCCCGCCUUUGUGUGAGGAAAAGGAAACACCAUGGACCAGACUCAUGGCCUAAGAGAGACGAGGAUUUUCAGACUUAGAAGGCAAUGGUUAGUGGUUUUCAAAAAACAUAGUUAAAGAAGAAAAAAAGAAAAAGAACUUUAGAUCAGCCCAGCAUAUUGCUAGUCAGGGUGAACUAAUUGAGUGAAGAGCUUAGUAUUCUAAUUUCAUUGGUUUGUUUGUUUCACAUUUUUUAAAAGAACAAUAAAAAGCCCACUGACUUUUCAAAGUUUGUUUGAAAAAAAAGUCCGCAGUGAACAUUUGAAAGGCAUCCUAAGAGCAGGGUCUCUUGGUGCAUUGGAGGCUAUUUUCUAGCUGAGCAGUGCUGUUACUAGGCAUUUUGGGUGGAAGCUGGAUUGGCCUGGUAGCAUAGCCAUGCUUUGGGCCCAAAACAAUGCUAACCAGAACUCGCAGUGCUUCCCAGUCUUUUCUUUCCUGUGAAGAAAUUGAUUCCUUUAAACUUGAUUGGCUGUAGAUCAAAGAAAUGAAGAACAGCGAGCCUCCCUUGUCCUCCUGCAUUAAAUACACACACACACACACACACACACACACACACACACACACACACAUAUGUCUGCAGAGGAAAAGCCACAGGUAUUCCCAUUCAAGGAGAGAGUUCCAAAGGCAACACAUCUCUGCAGUUUUUCCUGAGUGCCCUAAGGUAUUUCUCAAAACCCUUGUGUUUAAUAAGUGAUGUAUAUAAACCUGUUCACUUAAGCAACUUUAUUCCUCUUGUUCAGUGUGUAGGAAGUAAUUCUAAACCAUCAAUGUUAAUUUCUUCCCUGCAGCCUGAUUCUUUAUUUUCGGUAACACCUCUAGGACUUUAGUGAUUGUACCUCUGGGCGAAUGGUUAUACCCAGUCUGGUUGCUGCAUUGAGGCUGGGCAGUGUUAUCCCAAUGGUUUUGGCCUGACACAGAAGCAGUGGAAGAUUCUGUUAACUUCUCAAGACUCUAGUCUGAAAAUCAGCCUGCCAACUUCAUUACCUACCUGAGGGUUAUCCUGAUGUAAUUAACCUUUCACAAUUAGUGAUCCCAUCAUUUUAACUUUUUUUUUUUUUUUUGGUUCUCUCUGACCUUUAAUCAUAAAGCGUUGGGGACCUUAAGUGAUUUACCUGUAAUUUUGGAUUUUUUUAAAAAAAAUGUGUAUAUAUAUUAGUUAAUUAGAAAUAUUCUACGUUCCUGUUACCAACUAAAAUUCAGAGCAAUUUCAUGAGUGCAUGGAUCUGGGUCUUAGUUUUUGUUGAUUAACUCAAAAGUGCAGUGAUCGUAUGUAUCUGAUGUAUCUCCUCGUUUGGACAGAGCACAUCAUGUAACAGGGCCCCCUGUCCAAGGCAGGGGCCUUGGGAGAGGGGUUUAUGUGGGGUAGUAGCAGUUACUGCAGAAAGAUUAUGGAAGAAUAGGUGGUCAUGCUGUGCAACUCUAAAUGGGAAUUCUCAGGUAGAAGGGACAUGUUCAGAAAGAGUUCAAAACAAAUUGGAAAUGUGAAUUGUAGCUGCCUGUUUCACCCCAACCAGAGACUUUGAGUUUUACUGUGGAUUUGAGAGAUCCACCAACUUUGUCUGCAACACAUCAGCAAUUUCAGGGAGGCUAUGGACCCAAAGCUGCAUUUUUAUCACCAACCUUUGUAUUUCUCAACAAAGGAUAUAACCAAACCAAUGUGCAGACUCAUUGGCAUGGUCAUUGGUUUCCAAAAGAGGAGGUGUGUAUGUGAUUUGGUAAUUAUUGCUAGUGCAAAGGUCAUAUUUGUAAGGGUUUAAAGAAACAUUCUGGGUAGAAUCUGAGGUCACUGGCAGAACUCAGCUCAGUCUUUGAAAAGUAUUAGUAGUUAUCUUAGAAGAGAGCAAGCAAAGUGAGGAUUCCAAGAACGUUUUCCUUUAAGAAUAUCCUGUAUAACAGUUGGCUCUUGAUGUCACUGGAUUAGCACCAAGGUCUCCCCAGCGCAGAAUCCAAUCAGAGCUCCAACUGCAUCUGUAAAACAUAGAAACACCUUUUCCCAAACCUCAGAUCUGUGCUUCUCACCAGACUCCAGGUAACUAGUUGCUCUGUUGUAACUCUAUAGAUGCAGUGGGCUCAGGUCUGUUUUAGAAGCACGCCUUAGGUGGCUCCCAUGGAAUGAUGUGCCGGCCAUUCUGACCUGUCACCAGCAGAUACAUAGGACACAGACGAAAUUCUUGUUUCCUCUAGUUCCUUCAUGUAGCACUCCUUUUAGAGUCUAAAUCUUUUACAAAAGCUUUGAAUACUGUGAAAAUGUUUUACAUUCCAUUUCAUUUGUGUUUUUUUUAACUGCAUUUUACCAGAUGUUUUGAUGUUAUCACUUAUGUUAAUAGUAAUUCCCGUAUGUGUUCAUUUUAUUUUCAUGCUUUUCCUGCCAUGUAUCAAUAUUCACUUGACUAAAAUCACUCAAUUA